AUGAUUAUUAAUGAUGACAAUAUCAAAGCCGAAACUAAAGCAACACUUCUUAUUCCUCAUUCUACCGAUUGGAUCGAUGCAGCUUAUUUUUCUCUGACACCACAAGACUUUCUCUAUACAGCUGAACAAAUUAUUGAACAUAUUGCUGAUGACUAUGCACAAAUCAUUCUUGUACAUAGCUAUACAGUAAAAUCAUGGAGUCGAGAAUUACUCGGCUGUAUUUCUUCACUAAUCGGUCUCAUUUGUGCAUGCUGUUGGUGGGGUCGUGAGGAGGCACAUCAUAUCAAAAAGAUUGUAUCUACCGAUUUGACAUUGUAUGAUCAUGUUUCAGCAUUGAUUCGUAUUAUCAGUUAUAAACCAUUUCAUAAAUGUAUUGAUGGUCAAUGGCCUAAUGUGGAAACAAUUCUUAUCGAUUCUAUCAUAACAUUCUUAAGAGGUGCAAUAGAUGCAGAAAAAUUAAGUUGUUUUAUUCGUUUGACAACAUCUUUACCUGAUACACUUACAUCAUUAGUUCAAACAGCACCAUAUGAUCGAAUAGUUCUAUGUGCACAUGGUUUACUUGCUGAAAUUCUAACGGAUGAACAAUUGAAAGAAUUAAAAAUUGUCAGAAAUAUAAGACGUUCGUGUUUUGAUAUUAUUGAACAAGCUUGGAAGGAUCCAUCGCAGAAAUAUCAACAUAUACCACUAGUGCAUAUACUUCGAGGCUUUGCUAAUCUAUCAAAAAAUGAUACUGUUCAAGCAAAUACAGCAGCAUUAAAUAAAAUGCCACUGCUAAUCGAAAUAUUGGACAAAUAUCCGAUCGUAUACGAUAUUCUCUGGGGUCUUUCCUUUAAUUCAUCUAUUCAAGAACAACUUCGAUUGAAUCAUUCAUUCAUGACUAAAUUGACUGAAAUCGAAAAGAACUGUUCAAAUGAAACUAUACAUAAAGCUGCACGUGGAAUUCUUUGGAAUUUGAAUUCAGAUCGAGAUAAACAGAUAUUUACAGAAAAAUGUGAUAGUACAACAUUUGAUAUAAUGAUUAGUUAUUCACAUAAAGACAAACAAAUAUGUAAACAUUUGUAUGAACAACUUAUUCGAACUGGUUAUCGAGUAUGGAUUGAUUUCGAUCAGAUACAUGGCAACGUCAUGGAUGCCAUGGUACAGGCAAUCGAACAAUCUCGAACGAUUAUUAUUUGUAUGAGUGAACAAUAUCGACGAAGCAAUUAUUGUCGAGCCGAAGCUGAAUAUGCAUUUCAACGUCGACUCAAAAUAGUACCAGUGCUUCUACAAGAACAUUACAAACCUGAUGGUUGGCUUUUGUUUUUAAUUGGUCAAUCACUCUAUGUUGAUUUCACAAAACAUGAAUUUCCAAUAGCAAUAGAAAUGUUGAUCAAGGAAAUCAAAGCCUUACAUAUGCAAGACUUGCAUAACAUAGAAGUUCAAUCAAAUCAAAGUGCUUUAUUGGCACUUCCUCCUUCUGUACCACGUCUACAACCAUUAUCGGGAGCGGAACUACGUCCAGAAAAUGUUCAAAACUGGACAACGGCACAAGUUGGCGAUUGCUGUUCGAUAUUUUGCUAUCAAAACAGAAUGAAAACAAUUACCAUUCUAUGCAUUAUUUUUCUUGAUCUCUUCAAUCAAAGGAACACUAUUGUUGCAUCAGAGAAAUCAGCAGAAGGCACACCUAACGAACAAUUAGAAAGCUAUGAUAUUAAGAAGAAGGUUAUAGUGAUACCAGGCAUUUCAAACUCUAUUGCAUCAUAUAAUGCAGCCAUCCAAAUCAACCACAUUCUCUAUUUGAGUGGUCAAACUGGAAUUGAUCCUGCAACACGCCAACUAGUAUCAGAUGAUGUUCAAACAUGUGAAUCAUAUAAAAUAUUUUUCAAACGGAAUGCUGAAAAUCAAAAGGAAACACUGAAAUGUCUCUUUGAUGGUCAAUGUGAAGUGAAUAUUAAUAUUUGUCAUGUAUGUUCUGCAUGCCGAUUAGAAAAAUGUUUUCAAGUUGGAAUGCGUGUUGAAAUGAUUCAAUGUUUUCGACCAUCGUUGAAGAAAAAAAAACCAGCAUCAUCAAAAUUAGUUCCAGUGAUAAGUCAAAAAAAUGAACAGUCACUAAAGUCAACAUUUGAAUGUAAUUUUGGUAGUCAAUGUGAAAUUAAUAUAUAUAAUCGUCAUAUAUGUACCAAAUGUCGAUUAGAUAAAUGUUUUCAAAGUGGAAUGAGUAUGGAAUUUUUUCGAUUGGGUUGUUCAAAAUCAAUAAAUCGAUCAAAAAAUAAAAAUUCUCAAUCAACAUCAACAGACCUUGUCAAAACAAUCAAAAAAGAUAAAACACAGAUGAUUAUGUCAAUACGUAUGAAAAUUCUUAGAAAAACUGGAAAUUUGCCAACAUUAAAUCUUUUGCAAUCGGAUAUAUCAAAAUUGACUAAUAAUCAAUGGACUCUUCUCUCAAAUGUGAUUCAUAGUUUUGAUGAAGAUCGGAUGAAAUCUAUUUGUCAACGUUUAGUUAAAGAAGAUAAAUAUUCUCAGUCAAUAAAACCAUUGGAUGAAAUAUUGACUAAAGAAUUCUUUCGAUUACUUUUCGAAACAACAGAUAUAUGUCUUCGUUUAAACGGUGAUAUUUGUGCUUUACCACAUAAUGAUCGUUCGAUUGUACUUCGUACUGGUGCCGAUUGUCUACUUUGUUUAGGUGGAGCAUUUAUUAUGUAUCAAUCUCAAUUAAAUACUUGUCAAUCUUUUAUAGACAUGAAUGCUAAAAAAUAUGGAACAUAUGGUAUAUCACUUACUCUUUAUUCAACAAAAUUUUUAGAUCCUGAUGUUGUACUCGUUAAAAUGGGACUUUUAUUAUUAGUUUUCUCUAAAAAUACUUAUAUAUUUUCUUCAACAACAUCAUUAGAUCAUGCAAAUGCUAAUAUUAUUUUACAGAUUCAAAAUAGAUAUGCAGAAAUAACAUGGAAAUAUCUUCUAUAUAAAUAUGGUUAUCAUCAAGCUAUUCAAAGAUUUAUGAAUUUAAUUCUAUGUCUUUUAGCUGUUGUUCAAACGAUGUCUUAUCUUCAAAGUGUUCAACCACAUAUUAAUGAUGUUGAAACAAUUGCUGAAAAUUCUGAAUUGGAAUUGAUUUUAGAUGAUAUUAAUCAAUUCAAUUAA